CCUUCCUGGAGGACGGGAUCCUGGUGCGGGACGGCAGCCGCAUCCGCCGGCGCUACCUCUGCUCCUGGCGCUUCCCCUGGGACGUGGCGUCGGUGCUGCCCACCGACCUGCUCCCCAAACCCCUGGGGGGGACGGCGGCCCGCGCCAACCGCUGCCUGCGGGCCCCCCGCCUCCUGGAGGCCUUUGAGCGCCGGGAGACGCGGACGGGCCACCCCAACGCCUUCCGGGUGGCCAAGCUGAUGCUCUACGUCUUGGUGGCCAUCCAUUGGUACGCCUGCCUCUACUUCGCCCUCUCCUCCCGCCUGGGGCUGGGCUCCGACCCCUGGGUCUGCCCCGACGCCGGCCGCCCCGGCUUCUCCCGCCCGUUGCGCCGCUACCUCCACAGCUUCUACUUCUCCACUUUGGUCCUGGCCACCGUGGGGGACACCCCGGAGCCCCGUCGUUGGCAGGAGUUCCUCUUCUCCACCGCCGGCUUCCUGUUGGCCGUCAUGGGCUUCGCCACCCUCACCGGCAGCGUGGCCUCCCUCAUCGCCAACGCCGGCGCCGCCGACGCCGCCUUCUACCCCGACCCCGAGCCCGUCCGGCGCUACCUGCGGGGUCGGGGGGCCGGUGGGCGGCUGGCACGAAAGGUGGCCGAGUGGCACCACCACCUGCGGGCGCAGGGCAAGCUGCCCGGAGAGCUGGGGGUCCUGCGGCACUUGCCGCGGGGGCUGCGGGGGGAGGUGGCCGCCAGCGUCCACUUGCCGGCCCUGGGGCGCGUGGGGCUGUUUGGGGGGUGGGAGCCGGGGGUCCUGCGGCAGCUGGUGCUGAGGUUGCGCCCCCAGGUCUUCGGGCCCGGGGAGUUCGUGUGCCGGCGGGGGGACGUGGGGCGGGAGAUGUACUUCGUGAGGGAGGGGCGGCUGGCCGUGGUGGCCGAGGACGGCGUCACCCAGUUGGCCAUCCUGGGCGAGGGGCUCUACUUCGGGGAGAUCAGCCUCAUCAACAUCAAAGGGAACACCUCGGGGAACCGGCGCACGGCCAACAUCAUGAGCAUCGGCUACUCGGACCUCUUCUGCCUGGCCAAGGAGGACCUGGCGGAGGUGCUGGCCGAGUUCCCCAGCGCCCGGGCCACCAUGGAGGCCAAGGGCCGGCAGCUGCUGUUGGCCAUGGGCAAGCUGGACCUGCGGGCGGAGGCGGCGGCGGCGGAGGCCGAGCGGAGGGUGGGGGACCUGGAGGUGGCCCUGGAGGGGCUCCAGACGCGGGCGGCGCGGCUACUGGCCCAGCUGGAGUCCGGGGCCUUCAAACUGGCCCUGAGGGUCCAGCGCCUCGAGGGACGGCUCCAGAGGAGGCAACGGAUGGAGGGGGGAGCGGGGUCUGGGGGGGCACAGGGUCCCCCCAGGGUGCAGGGUCCCAGUGGGGCGCAGGGUCUCACGAUGCCACAGGGUCCUGCCCAAGGACGAGGUCCUGAUGGAGACCUGGACCUGACGGUGCGUGUCCUGCUCUACGCCCUCAUCUUCCUGCUGAGCGUCUGCGGCAACGGGCUGGUGGUGGCCGUGCUGCUGCUCAACCGCCGCCUGCGCACGGUCACCAACUCCUUCCUGCUCUCCCUGGCCCUCAGCGACCUCCUGCUGGCCCUCUGCUGCAUGCCCUUCACCCUGCUCCCCAACCUCAUGGGCACCUUCGUCUUCGGGGAGGCCGUCUGCAAGCUCAUGGCCUACCUCAUGGGCGUCUCCGUCUCGGUGUCCACCUUCAGCCUGGUGGCCAUCGCCACGGAGCGGUACAGUGCCAUCUGCAAGCCGCUGCAGUCGCGGGUCUGGCAGACGCGGUCCCACGCCAGCCGGGUCAUCGCGGGGACGUGGCUGCUCUCUGCUCUCCUCAUGCUGCCCUACGCCGUCUACAGCACCACGCGGCCCCGCGUCCCCCGCAGCCCCACCAGCCACUGCACCCACGACUGGCCCAGCGAGCAGGUCCGACAGGCCUGGUCCCAUCGCAACGGCGGGGACCCCCCCUGCGACGAGGGGGACGGGUGCUACCUGCAGCUGUCCCGUCCGGGGGGUGCGGUGGAGCUGCGGGCGCUGGGGGGGUCGGCGCAGCAGCAGCAGGAUCGGGCCCGCAUCAACAGCUCGGAGGCCAAGCUGGUGGCCAAGCGGCGGGUCAUCCGCAUGCUGGUGGUCAUCGUGGCCAUGUUCUUCCUCUGCUGGUUGCCCAUCUUCACCGCCAACACCUGGAGGGCCUUCUCCCCCCGGGCGGCCCAGCGGGCGCUUUCGGGGACCCCCAUCUCCUUCAUCCACCUCCUCUCCUACACCUCGGCCUGCGCCAACCCCCUCAUCUACUGCUUCAUGAACCGACGCUUCCGAAAAGCCUUCCUGGCCACCUGCGCCGGCUGCCGCUGGCCCUGCCCGCGCCGCCCCCCCCCCGAGGAGGUGGCCACCGCCAACGCCUCCCUCUCCAAGUUCAGCUACACCACCGUCAGCAGCCUCGGGCCCCCCUGA